GAUGCAGAGCAGCAGAGAUCCUUUCACAGCAGAAAUAGACCAGACCCAAAGAAGCAGACGAAGACCAUGGCACCUCCCAAAGCAGACGAGUGCGGAAAGAAGAGAAAGAACGACGAUGACAAUGCGCCAGUUGGAAAGCAGAAGAAAAUCGUCGGUGUCCACCAAGCAGUGAGCCCGUUUACCAAUUCUGAUAUCGUGUCUGUUGUGACGGGGUAUCUCGGAGUGCAGGAUCUCUUUCGCCUUGCCUUUUCGAGCAAAGCCAUCCUAUCAGUCCUAAGCUAUGAACAUGUGAUUCGAUCUGUCAUGUUGAGAAACCUCGACCACAAGCUGAUCGAUCGGUUUGCAGAGGAGCAUCCCUCGUGCAGUGUUGUAACUCUGGCCAACAUUAUCUAUCAAAUCCAAAAGGAAAGAAUCUAUGUUCCCUCCGUUCCUCGACUGCUGCGUCUGGUGAUUUCACACAUUGGUUGCGAAGCUUGUGGAAAACCAAGACACAAGCGUGAUAUGAGAGGACAUGAGAAUGGAGUCGCACUCUGCAUGCGUUGCAUGGCGAGGCUCACAGCGUACAAAAACUCUCAAAAUGCCAAAUUCCGUCAUGGACGCAUGGCUGGGAGGCACGAUCAGACCAGAGUGAUCUUGCUGAGAUCAACCUACAAAUCGCACCUUCUUGGCAAAGCCGAACCGGCUGGUUCCAUCCUUACGGUUGGGGACAUGGACCAGUGGAAGAACUUUGAAACCAUACUCCAAGGACGCGAUGAAACCUACAAUCCUCGCAAGCACCUCGGGCCAGACAUUGUGGCAGCCUUUCUAAACAUCGGACAAACAGAAGUCCCGGACAACCAUCCCAACUAUUGGUCAGCCCAGUACGUGUGCCACAAGCUCCAGAAACACGGUCCAGAGCCGAGCCAUCGAAUGGGCCGUCCCCUAUUUCACUGUCAUCAUGAUUUUGAUCAAUUUGUGCGGAAACGAAAAGCAGCCGAGGGCCCUGACAGCGACGAUAGCGACGACUGAAUGGUGUAUAGUAUAUUAUGGUAGAAAGAAGAAGAUUGCAUGUGUUUAAUCUGCACAAUGUAGAGAGUAUGGUCUUCGUAUCAAAU